CACAGCAGUUCUUAAAAAUAGUUAAAUUAUUUCUGUUAGUUAUUAUAAUACAGUAAUGAUGGACUUACUUGGCAAUGAUGUGCUUACUUGACAAGAAAAAAGUAGGUAAGGCAGGUGAGUUAAUCGUUGUUGAGGGGACAAAGGUUUUGAUUUAUGAUAUUUACUGUCUUAAAUACCAAGUUGGUGUAAAAUUCUGUCCAUACAACUGCUGGCUGGAGAACAACAUGGGCUUGUUUUCUGUGCCUGGGCUUCUAACUUGUCUUCUUCUUCAGGUGGUCUGGAGUCUGCCUGCUCCAGAGACAACUGAAAUAGACAUAGAUGGAGGAAUUGAUCAGGACAUCUUCGACAUAAACAAAGCUUUAGGACUGGACCUUUUUGAGGGAGACAUCAAACUUCAUGGGGAACGAAACGCCAUCAUUGGUGACAACUAUCGGUGGCCCCACGUUAUCCCUUACGUUCUUGAGGACAGCCUGGAAAUGAAUGCUAAGGGACUCAUCCUCAAGGCAUUUGAACAGUAUCGACUGAAAACUUGUAUUGACUUCAAACCUUGGGAAGGGGAGAAGAAUUACAUAUCUGUGUUCAAAGGAAGUGGCUGCUGGUCCUCAGUGGGAAACAUGCAAAUGGGCUUGCAGCAGCUCUCCAUCGGUGCCAACUGUGACAGGAUUGGGACAAUCCAGCAUGAAUUCCUGCAUGCCCUGGGAUUCUGGCAUGAGCAGUCACGGUCUGACCGGGAUGACUACGUGACCAUCGUCUGGGACAGGAUUCAGUCUGGUAAAGAACAUAAUUUCAAUAAAUAUGAUGAUAAAACAUCAGACUUCCUGAAUGUUCCUUAUGACUACAAUUCUGUGAUGCACUACAGCAAGACUGCAUUCAUGAAUGGAACUGAGCCCACCAUCCUCACCAACAUACCAGACUUCAUGGAUGUCAUAGGACAGAGAAUGGAUUUCAGUGAGUACGACCUCCAGAAACUGAACCGGCUCUACAACUGCACCUCCUCCCUAAGUUUCAUGGACACUUGCAGUUUUGAACUUGAAAAUAUAUGUGGCAUGAUUCAAAGUUCAGAUGAUAACAGUGACUGGCAGCGUUUGUCUCAGGUUCCUGCUGGGCCAAAUACUGAUCACACUAAUAUGGGAGAAUGCAAAGAUUCUGGCUACUUCAUGCAUUUCAACACCAGUGCUGGAAGAGAAGGAAGCACAGCUGUCCUGGAGAGCCGAAUUCUGUAUCCCAAAAGGGGCUUCCAGUGCUUACAGUUCUAUUUAUACAACAGUGGUAACGAGGGCGACCGGCUGAAUGUCUGGGUCAGGGAGUACACGUCAGCCAAUCCAAAUGGUACUCUGAGAUUCAUCGAAGAGAUUAAAGGUUCACCUGAGACUUACUGGCAGCUCCAUCAUGUUUCUUUGAAUGUCACGAGUAAAUUCCGGGUUGUGUUUCAAGGCGUGAGAGGAAAUGGCUUAUCAAAUGGAGGCCUCUCUAUUGAUGACAUCAACUUGUCAGAAACUCAGUGUCCCCACCACGUCUGGCAUAUCAGAAAUUUCACACAUCUCCUCAACACGAGUCCAGCAGGGAGAGAUGGGAUAAUAUACAGUCCACCUUUUUACUCUAGUAAAGGAUAUGCUUUUCAAGUCAGCUUGUAUGUAAAUGGUACCACUAGUAACCCAUUUAAUUUAGGAAUAUACUUAUCCUUGAUUUCUGGAGCAAACGAUGAUCAUUUGCAAUGGCCCUGUCCGUGGCAACAAGGCACCAUGAUCCUGCUUGACCAGCAUCCUGAUAUUCGUCAACGGAUGUCAAACCAAAGAAGUGUAACAACAGACCCUCUGCAAUUAUCAGAAUCCUCAUCAAAUUAUACUUGGGAUAGGCCAGAUAAAGUGGGAUCCGAAGCAACUUUUCCCAAUGGAACUAAAUACAUGAGAGGUCCGGGAGUUGGAACAAGUGCAUUUUUAACUCAUAAGAGACUUAGAAGCCGCAACUUUAUUAAAGAAGAUGGUGUUUAUAUUCUUUUAACAAUGGAAGAUAUCUCACAUCUCCUGUCAACUGAGCCGAAUGUUCCACCCACUGUUGUUACAACUACAAGUGCCAGCACCACCAAACCUGGCCCUACUGCCACCAACAAGCCCCCCACUGGCACUGAGAGCACCACCACUGCAUCCACCACCACAACGAGCAGCGUCACCCAGCCCGAAGAUCCAGAGGUUCCAGCUUUCUGCCCAGACAACCCCUGUGAAAAUUAUGGUGUCUGUGUUAUGGUAAACAGAGCACCAGUGUGCAGAUGUCCAGCAGGUGACAACUGGUGGUACAUGGGAGAAAAGUGUGAAAGGAAAGGCUCAACUCAAGAAAAUACUGUAAUAGCUGUUUCUUCAACCAUAACUGUGUUUGUUGUAAUGCUUAUUGUCACCAUCACAACUGCAGUGUGCCUUAAAAAGAAAUACAAGCAAGGAAGGGAGAAUAAGGACAGCCUGACUCUAGAAGAAACUAAAACAUCCUUCUGAAGAUAAUGCAAACAAGCAUCAAAGACACAAGAUGAACAUCACUGCAAAACCACAACUACGUCAUGACCCUUUUUGUUCCUUUUAUCUCAACCAUCAUGAUAAAAGUUUAUAAAGUCUGGAAAAUAAUUCAUCAUCUGGAUAAAAUACUGUGCUGAAGUCAGUGGAGUGUCUGACAGUGCUGUGCAUCGUCAUGCAAUGGAGAAAAAUGUCACAUGUUGUGUGACAUGGCUGCCCUGUCCUUCAAGUCUCCCUGAACAUGAAGAAAACAUGAAAACUGCGUCCUGAAUUUCAGUCAACACAGGAAAGUCUAAGUUUGCUGUAUUAUCAUUAUACAAUUGUCUAUAAUAAAGGGAAGCUGGACCCUGUAUUCACAGGGUACCCAGCAGUUCUCA